AUGGCUUUCCUUCCUUGCUGGGUUCAUAUACUAGUUUAUUGCUUUUCUGCUUCUCUAGCAUGGGCUUCCAUUCUCUCAGAUAUGGAGCCCCCUCUGUGGAAGGAGAGUCCUGGUCAGUUCAGUGACUACAGGGUGGAGAAUGGGGUGUACAUUGUUGACCCAUGGGUAUUCCCUGAGAGAAUGGGGCUGUAUAAAAUCUUAUUGAACCAGACAGCCAGGUAUUUUGAAAAAUUCUCACCAGGAAAUGAACAAAAUAUUUUAUGGGGAUUGCCUCUGCAGCAUGGCUGGCAAUAUAGUUCAGGCAGGUUAGCUGAUCCAACCCAUACGACAAGCUGUGGCUAUGCAUCUGGAGAUAAACUGUGCCUCUCUGUGGAUAGUUGGUGGGCUGAUUUAAAUUAUUUUCUGUCUUCAAUACCCUUCCUUGCUGCGGUUGAAUCUGGCAUAAUGGGGAUAUCAUCAAACCAAGUUAGGCUUUUGCCACCACCCAAGGAUGAGAAGAAGUUUUGUUAUGAUGUUUCUAGCUGUCGUUCAUCCUUCCCUGAGAUAAUGAACAAAUGGAAUGCCUUUUACCAGUAUAUGCAGUCACCUUCUAGUAAAUUUAAUGACCUGCUGAAGUAUUUAUGGGCUGCACACACCUCAACCUUGGACAAUACUGUCAAAAGUUUUGAAGACAGAUAUGAUUAUUAUUCUAAACCAGAAGCACGUUUUGAGAGAAAAUGGGUCAUAGCUGUGAGAUAUAUAGCUGCAUCGCUCCUUCCUACCACCUUGACCAACACAUACAACUUGCAGAAGGGCCUGCCACCACGAAUCCUUCUUAAUACUGAUGUAGUCCCUUUCAUCAGUGACUUUACUAAUUUUCAAAAUGUGGUCCUGUUUAUUCUAAAUAUACUUCCCAAAGCAGAAUAA